UCGAAACAUCUAAAAAUAUAUCCAUUGUGCAAGAACUGUUGGAUAAAUAAUUAUCAUUACAAAAUCAGUUGGAAUGUAGGGCCACCUAAGGUUAAUUUCUAACAUGUUUUUGGUAAAUUGAUUUAUAAUAUAGAUUCUAUAAUACGGCUACAGUUAGCCCUGAAUCUAGGCAGGAACCGGAAAAUUAGGCACUCUUUAAUAAUAAUAGUAACCUUAAUUUUGAAUAUAAUUAACAAGUUUUAAAGUAUAUUUUAUCCUUAAAUAGGCUAUUGGGAACGUUAUCAAAAAUAGUAGAUCUAACUAUAACAUUUUAUAACUGCAUUUUCAUGAUACGAAAGUAAAGCUAAAAAAAAAAAAAAAAAGGGAAAUAAGGGACAAUCAUGAGAAUGCAGGAAAAAUCAAAUUUUAUAAUACUAGUCGACCGGCGACGCUAUUUUGCAGGGCCGGCCUUAUGCUACUGCCACCUAUGCGACCGCAGUGGGCACCGCACUUUUAUAGGAUCCGCGCUAAUUCAAGGUGUAUAAAUUAUUAAAUUAAACCAUUUUAUAACUUAAAACAGAUUACCCAUGCCCUCCUGGAAAUCUCCCGAAAUUACAAAAGAUACGGAAUUAUAUAGUCAAAUAUUGUCAUUUUGGGGUGUCAUUCAAUAUGAAAAACGCCAAUCCAUUUGAUACUAUAUACUUCCUAGAUAUGUGAAGUGGUCUGCUACCACUUUAAGGGGCUGUCCAUUUACGGUGAUCUUUGGGCUGAGUAGGUUUUAUUGGGUGACCUCUGGAACAUGACUUCUGUUUUUCCGAGGUUUACAGAUAAACCAAACCGAAAGAGGUGGCAGCGUAUGGCCUAUGCAAAUUCGUUGACCGCGAUCUAGAGAUCAUGUUCAUUGUGAGAUAGCAGGGCGUAAUCAUCAGCAUAGAGAAGCUCCGUUAUGACCAUCUCUUUUGUUUUUGUAUGGGAUAGUAGACGUCGAAGAUUUAACGCAUUGCCGUCCGAACGGAACCUGAUGUAGAUGCCUUCGUGCAAUCGCUGCCUCAUUUGACCCAUCAUUAGGCCUACGUCAAAGCAGAUAGCGAAUAGAAUAGGAGCAAGUACACAGCCCUGCUUCACGCCAUUUUCUAUUGGGAAGUGAUCAAAGCAGAAAAAAACAUUACGCGAAAGUUCUGAGCGAAAUAAAGGCCAUAUUAAGAACAACUGGGAUCAAAUUGACGGACUAUGAUAGCCUCACACGACUCUUAUGUUUCAAAGAUACAUUUAGAGCUAGGUUAAAGUGCUAUAACGAAACCAAGAGGAAAUAGCAUAUGAUAUAUAGUGCUCUAUUUCAAAACAAAAGAAAACAAUUCUUCCGUAAACUAGCUGAAAAUGAUGCUGACACAUUCAAAAGAUUGAUAGCACAAAACACGGCUCGUUCAUUGACUACUGGGCAGCUCUUUGGUCCAACCCUCUAUAUUACAACACGGACACUGACUGGAUAGACGAAAUCCAAACUACAAAUAAUAUAAUACCAAAAAAUGCCUGAUGAGGAUUUCACUGUUGAGGAAGUCACGGCAACUAUAAAAAAAAAAACAAAAAAAAACUCACAACUUUGGACUGCGCUGAAGAAACUUUCAGCCUCACAAAAUCAAGACCGUCUUAAAUGCUAACAGAACUCAAUGAAGGUAGAACAUCUCUCCUUCCCCCCAACAAAAAGUUUAUCCGAAUCAACCAUCGAACUAUCGCCCGAUCACUUGCUUGUCAGUUGUACAUAAACUAUUAACUUCACUAUUAAAAAGUAAAAUGUAAACAUUUUGCUCUGCCCAUAAGCUACUAGCAGAGGAACAACAAGGUUGCAUUGAAGAGUCAAUAGGCUGUAAAUUACAGUUAACAAUUGAUGGAAUUGCAUUGCGCCAAGCUAAUAGAAGAAAAAGAAACUACCCAUGUGCUACAUCGACUACAAAAAAAAAAAAAAAAAAAGCAUUCGGCUCAGUUCCACAUGACUGGCUAUUAAAAAAAGUUACCUCCCCUGCUACUCGGUGUCGCUGCAGCGAAUCUUGCAUUUGACGUCAAAAGGUGUUUAUCAUAAACUACGGCAGAAAGUGGUACAACUAAAAAAAAUAGUCUCUAUGGAACUUCCCCUAAAAUGUGUCUGCUUUUCAUUUUGUUCGUGGAGCUAUCAUACUUAAGUAAAUGCUAUUAAAAAUCAUUUUGCAAGAUGCACAAGUCCAAAUGAUCAAGUCAAGAAAUUGUUUAGGAUUCAAAAUGAGUGCCUUUUCUUCAGGUCAUGGAUGAUUGCUAAAUAUUUCAAACAAGUUUGCAAAGUUGGAAAUAAAUACAUUAUUUAGGGAAGCCUGAGAAGUGAUUACUUUUUGUUCCAGCAUUAUAUAUGACUUUUUAUUUUGUCAAGUGCCUUCUUUAACUAAUUUGCAACUUAAAAAAAAUGGCUGACACCGGGAAAUAUUUUUGUCCACGUUUGUUGGACUAUUUGGUGAUAGCUGGUUGUCGCUUUCCUAAUGGUAAUAACCAGAUGUCUCAAACUCCAGAACUACUCAGGCGCUAUCCACUCGAGGACCAUAAGGAUUUCCCUCUUCCUAAUGAUGUUAUAUUCUUCUGUCAACCAGAGGGGUGCAUCAGUGUUGGACCCAAGAGAAUGAGCCUUCGAGAAACUACAUCAUUUGUAUUUACCUUGACAGAGAAGGAUUCUGGUUUAGUUCGUUACGGUAUAUGCAUUAACUUUUAUAGACCUUUUGAAAAACGAGCCCACAGUUCAGAAGGAUGGCAGAAGGUUGAUAAAUCAAGCACUGGUUCUAACCAUUCUGUUGAAACUUUAAGUUCUUCUGAGUGUGACCGACCCCGGUCAAAAUCUAGACGAAAGUCUCGUAUCCGUAAUAAUACAUUGACGUCUUUGUGCAUUGUAAGUCAUCAUCCAUUUUUCUCCACAUUUCGUGAGUGCCUCUUCAUUCUUAGGAGACUAAUUGAAGCUUGUCAUGACCGCAGUUGUGUGCGAAGAGUUGGUGGAUCUAAAGCAACAGCAAGGGACACAGUGUGGGGAGUUUUGACUGGUCAAACAAGUGACAAUAUUUCCUCACUGGUCAUGCAUGAAGUCAGAGAGAUAGAAACUUGGAUACUUCGACUUUUAAGUGCUCCUGUUCCUGUGCCAGGAAAAACAAGAGUUGAAGUUCAUGUGUUGCCUAGAGAGCUCCAGCCUCCACUGCUGUUUGCUCUGCCUGACAAUACAAGAUUUGGGCUGGUGGACUUCCCUUUGCACCUUCCCUUGGAGCUGCUAGGAGUGGAUACUUGCCUCAAGGCUUUGACUGCCAUCAUGUUAGAGCAUAAGGUGAUACUACAGUCCAGAGACUACAAUGCCUUGUCCAUGUCUGUCAUGGCCUUUGUGGCCAUGCUGUACCCCCUGGAGUAUAUGUUCCCUGUCAUCCCUCUCCUUCCCACCUGCAUGGCCUCAGCAGAACAGUUGCUGUUAGCCCCAACGCCAUACCUUAUUGGUGUGCCUGCCAGCUUUUUUGGUUACAAGAAAGACUUCCCUCUCCCAGAUGAUAUUUGGUUAGUGGAUCUGGAUGGAAAUAAGAUAACUACACCUUCAGGAGCAGAAAUGUUGCCUCCAUUACCUGAACCAGAGGGAACUGCAUUAAAAACACAUCUGAAGCAGGCACUGGCAAGCAUGAGCAUGACACCACAGCCAAUUAAAAACCUUGAUGCUCUUGCCCAGAACCUGGAUCUCUGGCAGCGGAGGGACAGCCUAACUUCAGCCACAGGCUUCAAUCCUCUGAUCUAUGGCAAUGAUGUCGAUUCUGUGGAUGUGGCCACACGUGUAGCAAUGGUAAGGUUCUUUAAUUCUCCAAACACUUUGGGGAACUUCACAGAGCACACCAGAACACUUCGCCUCUACCCCAGACCUGUGGUGGCCUUUCAGCUGUAUAGUUUCCUAAAAUCUCGUGCAGAUAAAACUUUGUUCACUUCUAAACUGGCCAGGACACAGGCUGUGGAGUAUCUCUCAGAGUGGUCUCUGUGUCCCACUAAUCUGGUCUACCAGAGAGUGCAGACAGCUGUUUAUGACCCAAGUCUGAUUGGAGACAAACCCAAGUGGUAUGCACAGCAGCUUCAGCCAGUAGAGUUCCACAUCUAUGACAACAGCUCCUCCCUUGGGGCGGCCCUGACCUCAGUCUCAGAAGAGCAGAGCGAUGACAACCCAACAGAUGAAAGUGGCAGUGAUAGUGAUGGAGCAGACAGCACAAGCUCGUCUUAUUCCUCCCUCAGUGACUUUGUGUUAGACUUGUAUAAUAGUGACAUACGCGGGGAAACCCCUUCAUUUUUACCAGAGCGACAAAUCUUUGCUGUUGAUGAGUCCAAAGUGUAUUCUCCACCAAGUAAAUUACAUCUGCCUGAUGCACCCGCCACUAACAGCGACUCUGCACUCUCCCUUCAAGAGGACAGCGAUAUGAGCUCGUCUGCCUCUUCUAGCCCAUCUUAUAGUCAUGAUGUCACUGACAGGCAUGGUGGCAAGGAGGAGAAUGUGUUCCGCUAUGAUUCUGGGAAUACAGUUGACACAAGAAGACCAGUGAUUAGUUUCCCCCAAGACUCCAUCAAUGUCAACAUGUCUGCUAACCCACCAAGCUCACCACAUAGUCCCCACAUAACUAGGACCAUGUCCCAGUCCUCCCAGUCACCUAAAACUCCUCCACCUAGACCUGCAGUACCUCCAAGUCCUGGGGCUAGACUCACACCUCCUGUGGUGAAAAAGCCUCUUCAGUUGGCAACGGCAGGCCUAAGGCCAUUGGGCGUGAAUGUACCAGGCACAAAAAACUUUGCUAUUAACAAGCCUAAAACUGAGAAGUCUGCCACUUCAUCUAUCAUCUCUACUAUUAGUAAAGAACUGACAGAUAUUGCUCACUCUGCUACCAGCACCGCCUCCGAGUUAUUUGGAACUAACAAACCCAUGACCCAAACACCAGUCCAGACCAAAGCAGCAGCUCCAAAACCUUUCACACCUCUUGGCAAUCGUAAAGCUCUGGUAGAGAAAUCAGGACUCGUCAAACAUGCAACUAAUAGAAAGCAAAAAGAACCACAGAAGUUGUCUCCAGCAGAUGCCAAAGCUAACUCUAACAGGCUUGAUUAUCUUGGGAAUGAUCCUAUUAGAAGGAUACGAAGGAAAACAGAAAGAAAUUGUAUAUGUGCUGGGGGUUUUGACAACCAACAGUUUCUAAAGGAAGUCAUCAACAGUGUCUUGGAGGGGAAGGGGGUGAGUUGGAUGAAAGUCAAUAGAAUCAACAAGCUGAUGGAGGAUGAGAACUACAGGAAUUUUGUUGUCAGUCGACUAAAUCGAAACUUAGAUCAGAAAGUCUCAGAGGAUGCCUUUCAUAUAGAGGAUGUGUGUGUCAGCCGAAAUGUUUUCAAAGGCAUACUGACCUUGAUAAAGUCUGUCAUCCAUGGCCUUGGCCACACCAUCAACAACCAUGGUCUGGGUGGGAUGGCCUCAGCCUACAUGGUGCUGGAGAUAGCGCACACCCACUACUGGGCCAGGGACCCGUCCAACAAAAGUGAUCCCAGCAUGACUCCAGAGAAAACAUCUCUGCAUGGAAGUCAUGAAAGCUUGGACUCACCUAGUGGUAAACUAUCUGAUGAUAUCAGCACAUCUAAGUGGUGGCAAAGCAAGCGGGGAUCUAUUCCCCAGGCCCGUAACUCACCUGCCCCCACAUCACAUUCCAAGCCCCACCCCACUGCCACAACAGCCGCCACUCAUUCCACCAUCAGUGUAGCUCCAUCCACCUUAAACCCGAGCGAUACUUUGACCUCCUCUAGCCCUAGCACAGAGUCAGGCUCACCUGUGAUUGUCAACGGAGAUGAAUUUGAAAACAUAGAAAUAACAUCUGUUUCUGAUGAUGGUGGGGGCAGCAGCGGGGAGCGGCCUGACAAUUCUGUCAACCCUCACAAAUCCAAAUCAGCCAAGAGCAAAGAUAGGAAUAGCUCUCACCAAGUGCUGGACUCUGGUGGUGGUGUGGGAGAAAGCUCUGGGUUCAUGACUUCUGCUGACUGGAACAAAAAUGCCCCCACCAAGAUGUCUGCUCUCAGUCAGCAGCAGCUUCAAAGGCACCAACAGCAGGCCAGUGGGCCUUCCGUGCCACCAGUGUCUUGUGAUAUUGUUGUUACAGAUGUUGACCCAGAUAGUAGGCUCCAUCAAGGUCAAGGUGACAUGCUCAGGGAAAUGGUGAAAAAUAAGGAGCUCAUUAAAACUGGCAAGCUAGAUCGCAAGUUCAAUAGUUUGGACUCAGAGAUGUCAGAGGCAAGCACUCUUGUGAGUACCAGCUCUGAAAAGGAAGAUUUUGAGAAAAGAAGGCAUCGCAUUAAUCACCAAAGUAUUCGUUCGGCCCUCUCCGACAGUGAGAUGGAGACCAACUGGCCUGGCAGUCUUCAUGCUAGACACAGUAGAUCUUCUAGUGUUUGGAGUAACAAGAGUGCUUACAGCUCUGGGUAUCGCUUCCAUGAAGGCAAAUUGGUGCAUGUGGGCACUGCUGGUCUGACUGCUGAAAAUGGACACUGCCAGACAUACUUGUUUGAGGAGCUGGUAGGCAAGGACAGGUCUCGUGUUUGGGACCAUAUGCAAUUUUGGGAGGACAUGUUUCUUGAUGCUGUGGCCCAGGAAAGAGAUAUCAUUGGCAUGGACCAGAGGCCAUCAGAAAUGAUGGAAAGGUAUAAUUCUCUAGGUGAGGCUGAGAAGAAACGCCUGGAAUAUGAUGAGGACCGCUUACUUGCUGUCAUGUUGUUCAACCAAGCUGCCUUCAUGCUGAUGAUGAGGGUGCCAAAAAAUGAAAUCAAGAAGAAAAUUCGUCGUCUGCUGGGAAAGUCUCACAUUGGCCUGGUCCAGAGUCAGGACAUCAACAACCUUCUUGACAACAUCCAACAUUUGUAUGGCAAUGAUAUUGACCUGAAGCCAAUGUGUAGUAGGAGAAUGCAAAAACAGUCUUUUACUGUACAUUGGGGGAAUGAUAAUACAGGAGAUAUGCUUUUCAUGGAGGUGUGUGAUGACUGCCUUUUAUUGCGUAGUGUCACUGGGGCUAUUCACGACAGAUGGUGGUUUGAAAAACUAGUCAACAUGACCUAUUGCCCCAAAACUAAAGUCUUAUGUUUGUGGAGAAAGAAUCAGGACAAAGUUCAAUUGAAUCAAUUCUACACCAAGAAGUGCAAGGAGUUAUACUUUUCUGUGAAAGAGUCGAUGGAGAAGGCAGCCAGUAGAAAUACAGGAAGACUGCCAGGUCCUGAAUUGGGAGGGGAAUUUCCAGUCCAAGAUUUGAAGACUAAAGAAGGUGGACUACUCCAAGUUUGUAUGGAAGGUAUUGGACUUCUGCUUCAAAACAGCAAGUUGUUUAUUGAGCUAGCAAGAAUCCGGAAAUGUUUCACACAGAAAGGUGGCAUAUUUGUUCUAGAAGAGUUUGAUGUCAAAACCAAGCAAAUAAUUCAACACAGAUUCAAGUCUAGUAUGGCUAAUGACAUAGUGUUUAUGUUUCACCGCAUGUUAAGUAUUCAAUUGGCCAAUGCUAUGGACAAUAAUAAGAGCUGACCAGAUAUGCUAUGCAGUGCUUUGUUUAUUUUCCUACAUUGCGGCGGGGAUGGAGCAAAGAAAACAAUCUUGACCUGUGGCUAGCUUAGGCAAAUACAGAGAUUUUCGUUGCAGAAAAAAAAAACAUUUAAAAAAACAACAUAAUUUUGAUUUUACUGUUGUAUUAAAACCUUAUCUGGUCACAAAGUAAAAUUUAUUAUGGCUGCACAAUGUAUGAUUUGUUCUCCUCUUGUCUUGGUGCUAUGUGAGUUCAUUGCUAAACCUGCUUAAAUAUGAACCUGUUAAUCUUGUAGCAGAAGUUUUGACAUGGCAUUGAACCUUCUGCUUGAUUCAUUUACACCAUCUUUUGGUUUAAGAGAGAACAGUUAGAAACAGCAUUAUUUCUAUGGUUUUGAAUAGAUCUUCUUGUCAUAAUUCCCACUAUUAAAAAGGCAUUAGCAUCUUUUUUUUUUCUCAAACAGUUUGCAUUAUAUUCUUUGCAUUUAUUACACACACCAAAAAGAUAAAACAAUGAAUCAAUUUGAAGCCACAUUGUACAAGUGUAACUUUUUUGUUUUCCAACUGGUGCUGUUCACAGAGGACUUUUCUUUUUGCUAAGUUACAAAUAAAUUGAUGUCCCUUGUUAUUAUUUCUAUUUUUCUUGAGUGUCUUACUAAGUCAAUGUGAUUCAACAAUUGCUAUUGAUAUUAAUGACAAAUAUAUUAUUUAUUGUGCUUUCAAUUCAUAUGUUGAUUAUUGUUAUUGAACUCUAUUUUCUCCUGAAAGGGGUUUUUAAAGGUUCAUUAAAUGUAUUUAUUUAUAGGUGACACAGUUUUCUGUGCUGGUUACCUGCAGUAUUUUGAAACUAGUCAGUUGCACUCCUCUCUGUUGACUUUUGUUUGUUACUCUGUUAAGUUUGCUGAACACUUUUAAAUGUCAGCUGCAUUGAAGUUAGUUAGUAAGCUAGACCUGGUGAUUAGUUCAAUUGUUGCUCCAUCCCCAUUUCAACUGCUGAUACCGCUGAACAAAAGCAUUGGUUUGGAAGGAUAAAAACAAAGCAAGAGAUGCAUUCAGAUGACUGGGAAUCAUGUAAAUUGACAUCAAUGGAAAAAGGCUGCUGUGAUCUAUGUCUUAGCUGUGCUAGACUUUUUAAUUGCAUUGUUUUGUUUUUAUGUAGCAAAUAUUUAUAUUUAGAGGUAUAAAUAUCACUCCUGUGUUAUUUUUUUAUUGAAAUAUUUGUGUGAAUAUGCAGAAAAUUCUCCUGUAUUUCGUGUGACGAAUAUUUAAGGUCAUUCUUUAUCACUGAUUUCUAUAUAUAGUGCCGCAGCCUUAAUUUGCAAUUGUGGCUGAUCAGAAUUUAACCAUAGACAACAUUGAUUUCAAUAAUCUAAGAUUUCCACUAAAUUGAAUACCAUUUGAGAAUGUUUUUCUGACUUUUAAUUAAAAAGCCUUACAUUCAACAACUGUUAAGUCAACAGUCUACAACCAUGAGAUUAUCCUCGUCUGAAAGAUUCAUUCACUAAUAAAAGUGUAAAUUCUAUGGUAAAAUUAAGCUACCUAAUACAACACCACCAAGACUUGAUGUAUUUAUAGUUAUACGAUUUGUAUUACAAUAAUAAUGAUAUUAAAACUUGUAGAUUUUUUUCUUUGCUACAAGUCUACUAUGGACUGAGCAAUCUGCUUAUACAUAGAAAUCAGUGGUAUUAAGAAGUACAAGGAACUCACCUGCAUUUAAUUGGGAUUAUUUAUUCUUAGACCUGAGGCUCAAUUUGUACAGUAAGGUCUUCACCCUCUCUUUCUCCACUGACAAAAAUGAGCUACCUAGUUGUAGGAUCGAUGGUUCAAUCCAUUGUCACGUGUUUUGUCCACCACAUUAAAGUCUUUUUUUU